CAAUAGAAGAAAACGAUUAGCGGUUUUAAAAGUAGACUAUCGGCUCUGUCGCCGUUUAAUGUUAUUUAAAAAUGUCAAAUUACCAAAAAAAGUCCCUUAGCACUUUAAGUAAAAAUUCAACGUGUCGAAAGAAUGUGGUCAAUCCCAGCUGUAGUAUUAUGUGCAAAAACAAACUUCAAGCACAGUCGCACAGUUCUUGCCCAUCUGCUAACCAAGUGCAAGCUGUAAAGGUAGCCGCGAGCAUUGGUUCUAAUGGAGAUAAAAUUGUCAGGAAAUAUAACACACCCCAACUGAACAGCGUUUUGCGCGAAGUUAAUCAAAUAGAGAACAUCGAGGCUAUGCGACCGCCAUUAUUUAAGCAGGAUAUUGAUUUGACACCCCGCUCGAAAGCGAUCAUCGCACCAAAAGUAACCCAAAGGCUGAAUUUCAAUACUGAUCAAGUAGUCUUUAAAAAUCUCACACCUAUUAAUGUUAAUGAUUCAAUAUUGAUUCAGAAACACAAUGCAUGCCCUAAUAAGUAUAAGAAACUUAAUAAGGUACUAUUCCCAGAAUUGUAUCACUGGCUAGAACCUUUGCCGGCAUUAAAACAUACAAUUGAUGAACCAGAAAUAACGCUAGAAUUUUGUGAGGAAGAACUUGACCCUUUUCAAAGUUAUCUACGCCUAUUAAACUGAAAAAUAUUUUGUAAUUUUAAUUUGUAUAUUUCGUAAAUACGAUUUUUUUGUAUUUGAUAUAUUUCAGUGACAUUCUUAUCCAAUAAAAUUCAUGACAACCAAGUGUAAUAUAA